AUGCCUCUGGCCGAGCUCGUAGCGCCGGCGCUCUCGACUGCCCAGGACGAACAGACGUUUAGCUAUGCGAAAAUAGACAAAACUGAGAUCAAGAGAACUCAUCUCCAUCUCCAGCCGGGGGAGAACUAUCUUGACAAGAUCCAUGAUUACUACAACCUCGAUGAGGUGGCGGCAUUCCUCGAGCAAAAGGAAGGGGACGAACCAAAAUACAAAAGAGCCACUCUUCAAUUUCCUGAUUCGUUGGUCUGUGACGCUGCUGCUGUGGCUCAACAGCUACAAAGGAAGCUAGGUCUCACUGAGGCAGCCCUUAAUCUCAAGGAAUCAGAAAGCUGUUCAACAAGCUGUGGCGAAUCAUCAUGCUGCAAAGACAACACUACAUCUCCUAGUGAGGGCCAGAAGUUGUGGAUUCUCGCAGACACUUCGUACUCAUCAUGCUGUGUAGACGAAGUUGCUGCUGAACAUGUCAAGUCGGAUCUCCUCAUACAUUUUGGUGACGCCUGUUUGAACGCUGUUAGCAAACUCCCCUGUGCAUACGUAUUCGGUAAGCCAUUUGUUGAUUCAGACGAAUUGGUGAAGCUGUUCCGUGAGCGGUUCCCUGAAACCGAUACCAAGAUUGUUUUGAUGGCCGAUGCCCCACACACCUACAUUUUGCAUGAGGCAAAGAAGAAGCUUGAAGAUUACUCAGACUUGGUUGUGGCUGACGUGGAAAGCUCUUCGCCUAUUCUAGGAUACCAGCCCUUGGAGGGUAAAGAAAGCCAACUUCGGGCUCUCAACAGAGUAUUCCACGGCAUAGAGGAUGAGGAAAGCAUCCUCGGAGAGUACGAGCUUUUCCAUAUAACUGCUCCCGAGACGCCUCGUCUCCUCCAACUCACCACCAAGUUCCUGCUGGUGACGCUAUUUGACCCUACAGAAAACACCAUCUCCCAGGGUCCAUACCCCAACCUCAUGCGUCGUUACAGAUACAUGCACAUGGCUCGUACUGCCGGAACUAUUGGCAUUCUCGUGAAUACGCUUUCAUUGAGCAACACGAGAGAAUUGAUCAAUGGAAUGGGCAAGAAGCUCAAGGAGGCGGGUAAGAAGCAUUACAUAUUUGUGGUUGGUAAGCCUAAUGUUGCCAAGUUGGCAAACUUCGAAGCCAUUGACCUUUGGUGUGUUCUCGGAUGUGACCAUCAAGGUAUCAUCGUGGACCAGAACAACGAGUACUUCAAGGCCAUUGUUACCCCAUAUGAAUUAUUGCUAGCAUUGAGCGACGAAUUGUCGUGGACAGGCAAGUGGGUCACCGACUUCAAGAGCAUUUUGGGUGAACUCGGGGAGGAACCAGAGGAGAAGGCUGAAGAAGACGACUCUGACGAUGAUGCUCCUGUUUUUGAUCCUGUCACGGGACAAUUCACCAGCGCUUCGAAGCCACUUCGGAAGCUCCAGCAUCUUCAGAUCUCUCAGAAGGGAAAAACCUCGGAAACGGAUUCCACAGCUCUUGUCCAGAAGCUUUCGCUGGCUGUUGCGCUUAGAAACACCGUUCUGACUUCAGCCACUCAUCUUCAGCAGAGAGCAUGGACAGGUCUUGGAAGUGACUUCAGAGACCAGGAGGACGAUAGUGAAAGUGACUAUGACGAAAGCGGAGCUAUUGCGGAGGAGGGUACCUCGGGAAUUGCUCGUGGGUACGAGUUCGAUGUUGCUUCGAAGAAACAAGGCAUUUUUAGCGGAUUCCACUGGGUCUACGUCCUAGGGUACAUCCUCCUCUUCACCAUAGACGCCUUGGCUGUGUAUGGCCAGGCCUACAAGCUCCCGCUGGAAUGGGUUUCGCUUGGCCAGAACGACGUGGUUUUGAUCACCGGAGGGUCUCUGGGACUUGGCCUUGAGUUGGUCAAGCAGUUGCUUUUUGAGUACAAGGUAGGAAAGGUGAUUGUGCUAGAUGUUCGGAAACCCGAGUUUGAGUUUGGUCUGGCGCCGUUGGAGUUUCACAGAUGCGACGUGUCAAGAGAACACGACCUCAAUUACACGUUGACGGGCGUUUUGCACGCUCUAGAUGCUAGACAUGAGCAUGUCUCAGUACUCAUCAACAACGCUGGAGUCAGAAACAGCGGCAGUCUUUUGAAUCUGAGCGACAGCGACAUUCGCCAUACCUUCAACGUCAACACAUUUGCCCAAAUCACGGCGCUCCGAAGAAUCGUUUCCCAUCACAUCAGACACUACAAACACCUGCAGCUCUAUGUGGUUUCGGUCUCGUCCAUUUUGGCGGCAUUGGCUCCUAAGAACGGGUCCGUUUACGCUGCUUCCAAAGCUGCUAUUUUCCAAAUUCACGAAAGCUUCUCCAGAGAGAUCGCCAGCCUACCGAACAUUCGUCUACUUUUGGUAGCACCCGGUCAGUUGACCACAGACAUGUUCAAAGACGUCACCCCAAGCCGGACCUUCUUUGCGCCGCUUGUCAACCAUAUCCAUGGUCAAGGUCCUCCCGCUCUUUCUCCAGGACCUCUGCCGCUGGUUCUCCCAGAUGGACGAUAA